AUGGAAAAUUUGCUUUUGGAUAUCAUAUACAAAUCUCAGUUACCAGACAAUAAUGUUAGAUCACAGGCUGAGCGUGGGUUCUUUGCGGCAAUCUCAGAAAACCCUUCUGCCGUGGCGAGCGCGUUGAUCAAUAUUAGUUUAAACCAACAAUCGGAUCUGAUUGUUAAGCAAUCUGCUUUAGUUUACUUGAAAAGGGUGGUGGCUUUACAUUGGUCAAUUGGAUUUGAAAGCUUUGCAGGUAACCCAGUCACUCAAGAAACGAAAGUCUUUAUUCGCUCAAGUUUAUUGAGGUUGGUCAGUGAAACUGAAACCACCAAACUUAGAAACGCUGCUAGUAAUAUUAUUGUUAUGAUAUCAGUUGUUGACUAUCCUGAUGAAUGGCCAGAUUUAAUCAAAAUUUUAUAUUCUCUUAUCGACAACUCAAGUUCCAAUGUUACUCAAAACUCACUUCUUGGUGGUUUGAAUGUUCUACAUGAUUUAUUUGAUGAGCUAAUCACCGAGGAGCAAUUUUUCGAAGGCUUUGUUGGAGCCAACACAUUGAAGUACUGUAUCGAGCUUUUAGCAGCCCCAUCAGCUCCAAUAAUUGGCUCAGAUAAUUAUUCUUUCGUUCCAUUAGUUAUCAAGAACCAGGUGGCGAAAUUAUUUGAGGUUGUGCUCAAACAAAUUCAGGGUCCAGAGGUUUUCUCAAACCCUUCAAGAGCGGCGCUUGCUGCCGAAUUUUUGCCAAAGUGUUUAGAACUCAUUCUCAAUUUGGUCAAAGAACAAUUUAAUUACGUAACCGAAAUUCUCAACACAAAUAUUAAUAUUCUCAAUAUCGAAAACGUUCUUUUCACCCAUAAACUUUAUGACAUUUUAACCUUUAUGAUAGACUCUUACAAAAGGAAAUUGUUUAAUGACCAAUCAAGGGCAAUGAUUCAGGAGCUUGUUGUUAAUCAUAUUGCCAAUUUGAGUAGGUUUUAUUACAACAUUUCGAUUGCUUCUGAGGCUGAAGCAAAUCCGGAAAAAUUCAUUGUCCAUACCAAAAAAGAUGAAGCUGAUUUUGUUGAUCCAAGCACCGCCCUAAAUAAUUUAGUGACGCAAAUUAUCCAGAUAAUGGGGAGCCUCUCUGAUUGUUUACUUGUCAAUAACCCAUCAUCCCUACGAUCAUUAUUGAACAGUUUUGUUAUCUUUAAUACUGUUCCCAUCGAGACUUACGAAUUAUACAUUGAUAACUUUAAUCUUUUUGUCACUGAUGAAACCGAAAUGUCGGGCCUGUUCACCGUUAGAAACUCUGUUAGUGAUUAUUUGUCAGAGGUUCAAAGUGAGGAUGCCGCAGCCUUUUUGGAAGCCUCAUUAAUGCUUUUGUCUGACCAAUCUGUUUCUGGGAAUUGGAGAAACAAAGAGUCACUUCUCAGUAUGCUUGAAUCACUUUUCUUAAACGAGGAUGAUAAUACAACAUUACCAGGAAAUAUUAGUUUUGAAGCGGUUCUCGAAAGCUUGCUCUCUCAUUCCAGUAAUUCCAAUGAAAAUCCAAUGGUGAUAGCCAGGUCAGUGUUAGUGCUAGCCAAGUAUUUGGAAAAAUUUGGCCAAAAUGUCAGCAACUUUAACGAGUUGUCUUACAAAGCUCUUACAAGUAACUUGAGUACUGCCGCUAACAUAAAAAAUAGUGAUGUCAUCAAAGCUGAUGGUAUUGCUAAUGAUGCAAAUUUUGAUAAAGAAAGUAAUGAUUGUAUCAAAAUAAUUCAAUCGGCUGCUUUGAUUUCUCUUACUUAUUUCAACAGCUUCUUGAAAUUUGAUGACAAAAGCUUGAAUGUCCAGAUACAACACGUCAUUCAUCAAAUAAUGCAUUUCUUAGUUGAUGAAGCUGAGGAAGAUACCCCUGCCGUUUUACUCGAGUCUUUAACGAUUUCUAUUAAUAUUGAUUUGAAGAGCUCUCAGGCCGGUACUGAUGACAUUACUUUAAUUUUCAAGAUUGCCGGGGUCGAUUUCUCUAACAUUAUGAACGUCCAGACUGCCAAAGAUAGUUUAGAAACUUUAUUGACUGAUAUUGCCGAAGAAGAUUACUUAAAACAAUGCGAGUUUGGUUUGCCUUCCUUGAUUGAAAUUUUAAACGAAAGCAAAGCUACUGGUGAUAAUAUUGAGUUUUCACCUAAAUUGUACAUGGCUCUAGAAUUGUUAAAUAUCUUCAUUGACAAUCGCCCAUCUGAGCGUGAUUUGCCAGAAUCAUUGUUCAACUUUAUAUUCGCUCCUCUUACUGGUUUAUUAAUCCAUUCAGUUGAUGAUCAAAUUUUACAAAUUGGUGGCGAAGUGUUUAAUACUGUUUUAGUGAAUGCUAACGAACGGUAUUUCUUGGACUUCAAAAGUAAUGCUAAUAAAAAUGGGAUCCAGAUCGCGUUGCAAAUUUUGGAGAAAUUCUUAUCACCAACUUUGUCUGAUAGUGCUGCUAUGAGCGUUGGGUCCAUUGUUGUCAGCAUUGUACAAAAAUUCAAGUAUCAAUUGAAUGAUUAUAUGCCAAAGAUCUUGGAAUCAGCAACCAGAAGAUUGCUAAUCGCCAACCAUCCAAUAAUCAUUGAAAACUUGAUGACAGUGUUCUGUUAUUUGGUGUUAUUAUCCCCAGAGGAGACUUUGAAUUUCUUGGGAUCGUUGAGCUUCCCAUUUUUUGAACCCCCAACCCCAGGAGCUGCUAAAUAUGAUAAUCUGCCUGUUGAGAAAAAGAAUGGUAUCGAGGUGGUAUUGCCAAUUUGGUUAGAUAGUUUUACUAGUACGGGCGGGGCCGAAAAAAUCAAACAAAAUGUAAAUGCGUUAGGCAAGAUAUUUUUAGCCAAAGAUUCUAGAGUGGAGAACUUGAUCGUGAAAGGAGACUUGAUCCCAAAUCAAAAUAAUCCAGAUAUUAUCAUAACUAGAUCAAUGGCUAAAAAGAUGCCAAUGAACUUCACCCAAAUCUCAGCCUCCACCAAGAUUCUUAAAUUGUUUCUUCAAGAGUUGAGUUUCCUAUCACAGCAACCUGAUACCAAUGAUUAUGUCACUACUACUGAAGAAGUUGCCGCUGGUGGUGACGAAGAUGAAUGGGAAGAUGUUGGAGAUAUUGGAAUUCCUACUUUUAACAAGUUAAAGUCAUUUGUGGAAGAUGAUGAGAAAAACACAUCGUUGGAUGAUGAAUCUUCUCAAGAUUUGAAGAUUAUCAUUACCAGUUUCUUGAAAGAGUGUAUCCAAUCUGGGGGUGAUUUCCAAAAGUUCUACGAACAAUUGAAUGAUAAUGAGAAGAAAACGAUUGCCACAACAAUGUGUUGA